AUGCGCGACAUGCCGUCCCGAUUUAUCGAGAUCCUUGACCCCAGCGAUGGCCAUCCUCGCAUUUCCGACUCCGACGUGCGACUUGAAGAUGUUCUCGCCGACCACGAAGCCUUCGUUACCCGACCGCGAUCAUCUACACAGUCUUCCUCAAAGGCCAGCAUAGACAAGGAUCGCAUAGAGCGGGAGAAUCUGUCAUCGCCGGGACAGCGGUGGAAACGCCUCAGCAACAUCCUUGUCCCUAAUCGACGCGCCUCGACUUGA